AUGCCACGGUCACACACCUGUGUAAGAAUCGAGUAUGAUCUGGGUUACUUAAACAGCAAUGUUCAUGCGAGCCUCGAUGGACCCGAAAUCAAAUAUCCUGAACCCCCACCUAAGAGGCCCGGAAAAUUCCGGUAUUCUUUAUUCUCACUCUUCAGCUACGUAGGCAUGGGAAACUGCUGUUUCUUCUGCCUCUUCUCCCUGCUUGGUUUUGAGGAGAUCAUGCGGGUUCUUGGCUACAUUCCACCCUUCUCUUUCUGGUUCGGUCUCAUGCAAAUCCCUGCGUCGUGCUUCUGUGGGCCCUGUGUGAUGUGCAAUCUAAGAAGAAAGUUUCGAAAAAAAUGGGAUGUCCGGGGAAACAUCCUGCUUGAUUUUAUCUUCUCCCUAUUCUGCUGUUGCUGCGUGGCUAAUCAACUCUUAAAUGAGUCGAGAGCUAUAAUAAUUACGAAGGAGGUCUCAACAUCUUCCUUUCAACUACCGAACAAGAGGACGAAGAAGAAAACGAUGGGAAAACUGAAGAUGCUUAAUGUUUAG